UUUUCGCCUGGACCAUACGGUGUUUACUCUAUGAGAAGUAAGAUCUGAAAAAGUUUUCAAAGUCUGGUUUUUUUAUGGUGAUAGUUGAUACAAACAACAUUUGAUCAGGAAAAUGGAUAGUGCCGCAAAAAUGUGUUUGGAGUGUCUUCAACGGCGUAUCGAAGCUGAUUUUUCCGGCAGGCUCACCUUCCUCCACAGCGUCUCCGACUAUCGGCUCCCCUUCGCCUCAGCGGCUGUCGUACAGGUCUCCAAUUCCGACCUAGCCACGCCGCCGCAAUUCGUUUUCAAUUAUAUGCCUUAUCGCACCACCGAUUGCUUCUCAAAAUACGUUGAUGAAUUUUGUGUAAUUGAAGGAGACAUCACAGAGUCAUCGUCUACUGUGAAGCAAGUUCAAGCAGAGGUCAGUGUUGGAAUUUCUAGUGAUACAAGUUCUGAUUUUGAUACUGCAUCAACUGAAUGCCGCCAUUUCUCCAAUGGUCGCGUUCUUGAUGGUUGUGCAACGUGUAAAAUUUCCACUAGGUUUUCUUGCUCGAGGGCAAUUACUUCAUUGGCUCCAACUGCACUCAUCGGCCAUGUAUCCUUUGAGUUAUUUGAAGAAAUUGCUUCGAGUUUCUCAUCUGGCUCAUUUGAAGGCCAGCUUUUGCAUUCACUGUGUCAACUUAUAGAGGGAAAAUCUGCUGGACGAGACGGUGCAAACUUUCUCAGUUUGCUGGGGCUGCCAUCAUUUAAAGAGAAUGGCUUUCCUGGCUGCAUAAGGCAUCCAAACAUUUGUCCAAUUUUAGGAGUGCUAAAGUCACCUACAGAUAUUUGUCUGGUGCUUCCAAAGACACCAUUUACCCUCGAAAACAUUAUGCACUACAGCCCUGCUGCCUUACAAUUUGAUUGGAAGAUACAAUUUCUUAUCUACCAGCUGCUUUCAGCUCUAUCUUACUUGCAUGGUCUAGGCAUUGCUCAUGGGAAUUUAAGCCCCUCCAACAUUCUGCUGACGGACACAUCUUGGUGUUGGUUGCAAAUUAGUGAGAAGCAGCUGCUGAACACAGCUUUGGAUCCAAGUGGCAAGUCUCUUGAGCUUUCUGCUGGUAGUCAUUGUUUCGAAGGCUGUCCAUCCCAUGCCCUUUAUGCUGAUUUGAGUCUCUUAAACUCUGUAAAUUGGCAAUCUUGUUUCUAUAGCUGGUGGAAAGGGGAGCUGAGCAAUUUUGAGUAUCUUCUCGUUUUAAACAGAUUGGCAGGAAGGAGGUGGGGUGACCACACAUUUUACUCAGUCAUGCCUUGGGUUAUUGAUUUUAGUGUCAAACCUGAUGAAAAUAACAUUGCUGGUUGGAGAGAUCUUAGCAAGAGUAAGUGGCGCUUAGCAAAAGGUGAUGAACAAUUGGAUUUCACUUACUCCACAUCUGAAAUGCCUCAUCAUGUGUCUGAUGAGUGCCUUUCUGAACUCGCUGUUUGCAGUUAUAAGGCCAGGAGGUUGCCUUUGAGUGUUUUAAGACAAGCUGUUCGUUCAGUUUAUGAACCCAAUGAGUACCCUUCUAACAUGCAAAGAUUGUACCAGUGGACACCUGAUGAAUGUAUUCCUGAAUUUUAUUGUGAUCCCCACAUAUUUAACUCUCUGCAUUCUGGUAUGCCUGAUUUGGCUGUGCCUUCAUGGGCAGGAACUUCAGAGGAGUUCGUUAAGCUGCAUCGAGAUGCUCUUGAAAGCAAUCGAGUUUCCCUCCAAAUGCAUAAAUGGAUUGACAUCACCUUUGGCUACAAAAUGUCUGGUGAAGCCGCUAUUGCUGCUAAGAAUGUGAUGUUGCCAGCAUCAACCUCCAAUGUACCAAGGUCUACAGGCCGCCGCCAGCUUUUUAGCCAACCUCACCCUCCACGUCAAAUUGCUCGUAGGAAAACUCAUCACAACAACAACGGGCAACCUGAAAACAAUAGUCAAUCAGAAGUAGACUCUGUUGAGGGUGGGGAUUUUCUUAUUAAGACUAAUCAUUUAAAUAAAUUGGAAGAAGCAACUUCUUUCUGUGAGAAAUCAUGGCAUUUAGAUCCUUGUUAUAAUGUUCAUUCUAGUGACUGUUUGAAGAAUAACACCAGUGAAAAUGAACUUUCGACUGAUAUUGGUAGAAAUGUAUCACCUAGAAAACCUGACUCUACAAGGAACUACUGUGAGAAAUCAACUAUCGACUCAAAUUCUCUUCUUGAGAAUAUUGAGGAGGGUGAUGACUCAGUUGGUUAUCAAGAAUUAAUGCUUUGGAGGCAAGCGUGCUCCCCCAAGAUAAAUUCCAAAAGAGCUGCAGAUGAUAUAUUUUCUGUUGGAUGUAUUUUAGCAGAACUUCAUAUGGGAAAGCCACUUUUUGGUUCGAGUUCAUUGGCUUCGUAUUUAGAUAGUGGAAUCCUACCAGGUUCAGUGCAAGAUAUCCCACAUCAUAUGAAAGUUAUUGUUAAAGCUUGCAUUGAGAACGAUUGGAAAAGGAGGCCUUCUGUCAAAUGCCUUCUAGAGUCUCCUUACUUCCCAAAAUCAGUGAAAUCAUCCUACUACUUUUUAGCCGCAUUUCACGGCCUCUCAAGAAAUGAUUUGCGUCUUCAAUAUGCUGCAACAUUUGCAAAACAAGGAGCAUUGAAAAGAAUGGGAGCUUUUGGUGCUGCGAUGUGUGCUCCUUAUUGCUUACCUCUCAUAGUAACUUCUGCUUCAGAUGCCGAAGCUGAAUGGGCUUAUUUGCUGCUGGCAGAAUUCCUUAAAUGUCUGAAAUCAGAAGCAGUGAUGAAAUUUGUUGUGCCAUCUGUCCAGAGAGUUCUGCAGGGUACAGGGUACUCACACUUGAAGGUUUCUCUUCUUCAAGGCUCAUUUAUGCAGGAUCUAUGGAAUAGGAUUGGGAAACAAGCAUACUUUGAGACAAUACACCUGCUUAUUAUAUCAAAUUUGUGCAUUGCUCCUCAUAAAAGUUCAACAUCUGCAGCUUCUGUUCUGCUGAUUGGGUUUAGCGAAGAGCUUGGUGUGCCAGUUACAGUUCAUCAGACGAUUUUGCCUCUAAUGCUCUCUUUUGGAAAAGGAAUAUGCAAUGACGGAAUUGAUGUGUUGAUUAGAAUUGGUGGACUUAUUGGGGAAAAGUUCGUUGUGAAACAAAUUCUGCCAUUGUUAAAUACUGUCGUCAAUUCAUGUAUCUGUACUUUGAGUGUUAGUAAACCUGAACCUGUUCAGAGUUGGGGCUCUUCGGCGCUGAUAGAUUGUCUGACAACACUAGAUGGUCUUGUUCCUGUUUUGACAACUGAGACAAUUGUUAAGGAGCUGAUUGAGGACAGAGAUUCCCCCUACGUUAAGAUUAUCAUGCACCGAGACAUUGGAAUACAGAAUGCUACCAAGAGUCUUAUCAGAGUUUGCCAGCAGAUUGGCCCAGAUUCAACUGCAUUGCAUGUUCUGCCAAACCUAAAGGAGUUAUUCGAUGAGUUUGCUUUUUCUCAGAAGAACACAUAUUCUGUCAAUUUGACUGGGAACAUGUCAGGGUCUAAAGUGAAAGUGGGUGAGGAAGAUUGCAUUGAAAACCGAAUGGACUUGUGGUUACUUUUAUAUCCUCAAUUUGCUUCUCUACUUGGAAUAGAGAGACUCCGCCAGUGCUGUGCUACAUGGUUGCUCAUUGAGCAGUUCCUUUUACGACAUCAUAAUUGGAGGUGGGAAUGUGCAGGGGAUUCCUAUCGAAGUGUUCCAGAUAGCCCAAGUGGUAGAAGACUCUCUCAGAAGGGCUCAGCAUCUGAAAACACAUCUGCUAAACUCUUACUCAAUGGGGUUGGAUGGUCAAGACCACAAUCACAGGGUAAAAAGAGUACCAAAACCAUCACACCGAGUAAAAGUAUGUAUGAGUUGUACCAGAAUCCGGCUGAGAGGAUUGGAACAACUUCAAGUUUAGGACUGCAGGAACCUUGGUAUUGGUUUCCUAGUCCUGCAUCUAAUUGGAAUGGGCUUGAUUUUGCAACUCGUGCUGGAGGUCUAAAGGAUGAACUUCCAUGGAAAAUCAGAGCAUCUAUCGUACAAUCUGUUCGUGCACAUCAUGGAGCUCUGAGAUCUUUUGCUGUUUGUCAGAAUGAGUAUACUGUUUUCACAGCAGGUGUUGGGCCAGGAUUCAAAGGAAAUAUUCAGAAGUGGGAUUUGUCAAGGGUGUACUGCAUGUCAAGCUAUAAUGGUCAUGAUGAGGUUGUAAAUGACAUUUUCGAUUUGGCAUCCUCUGGACGUGUAGCUUCUUGUGAUGGAACAGUACAUAUAUGGAAUGGACAGACUGGAAGACUAAUUUCUAUCUUCUCUGAACGAUCUUUGGCAUCCUCGACACAAUUGGCAGAAAGAGAUGAAGAUAACAUGCUUCAUUUUAAUCCAUUACCAAGUGGAAUGCUUAGUAGUGCUUUUCAUGGGAAUUCUUACACUACUAUGGACUAUCUGGGGUUCAGCGAUAGACUUAUUGUGGGUACUGGAAAUGGAUCUCUAAGAUUCAUUGAUGUCAAUCAAGGUCAGAAACUUCAUCUAUGGAGGAGUGAAUGUGUUGAUUCUGGUUUCCCUCCCAUUAUUUCAUCCAUUUGCUCAUCUAGCUCUGUUAGAAUGUCUCCCGAGGAAAGUAUGGGAUUUCCGUCGUGGAUUGCAGCUGCGUCCAGCACUGGGCAAUGUAGGCUGUUUGACUUAAGAAGUGGAAAGAUUAUUUCUUCAUGGCAGGCUCAUGAUGGAUAUGUGACAGAGCUGGCUGCAACUGCAGAUUAUCAGCUUGUUUCUAGUUCUCUUGACAAGACUCUGCGAAUAUGGGAUUUGAGAAGGAAUUGGAGCUCGGAACAGAGAGUAUUCAGAGGAUACAGCGACGGGGUUUCUGGUUUCUCAGUGUGGGGGCAAAACAUAAUCUCAAUAUGUAGAAAUAAAAUCGGCCUUUCUUCUUUACAAAGCCAUGCCGAUGAAGAUGGGCAUUAUCGUGCGAGCCUUCAGCAUGUGUACAUGGCAGAUGGGGAAGCAAAGAAUGCAUCGGUGCUGUCUGCAAUUACUAUUCUACCCUUUUCGCGCCUUUUUCUUCUAGGAACAGAAGACGGCUAUUUGAAAAUUUGUUGUUAGUACCAUUUUCAUAUACGAAACACCCUGGCCUCGUAUUUAGUAGGAAUUUCUGAGCCCACGGCCAAAUUGUAAAACAACAACAACAAAAAACUACUUUUAUUGUUAUUCACUACUUGAGUUGAUGAAAAUAAUUAUUUCGAAUA